AUGCGAUCCGGUCGCAAACUCGGUUGUUUUACUAAUCGCCUUCGUCUUCCUUUUUUCAGCCCAUGCUCACAGAUAACAGCGCUGACAGCGUCACAUCGUUGCAAGUCUUAUGUACUUAAGUUCUUGCGAGGUCAGUUGCCAGAAGACCUGAAAGAUGUCAAUGGCGCCCUCGGAUGUCUUUACGGCACGCUUCCUGAUGUGGAUGAGUUCGGACAGUUUGUAAUCUCCCCUGAUGUUGUAAACAGCUUCCAUCAGUUUGGUUAUGUGAAAAUGCCAAUACCGGUGCUCGAUCAUCAGCAGAUUGAUAAACUGGCGGACGAGGUGAACGAGUUGGCCAACAAUGUGGAGCACCACCCCAAGACGGAGAGAUUGUAUGCGACUUCCCUAGCGGAUUUAACUGGAGGGCCAUUAUUUUUUUGCCAGGGUCAGUGGCGUGCAGCGUGGGGAAUGCAUGACCUCAUUUACCUUCCCACUAUUACCGUAGCUGCUUCACAGAUCCUCAACAACUCGCUCGUUCGAUUGUGGUACGAUGAGGUUUUUAUGAAGGCGGCGAGAACGGGGCCAUGUGUUCCUUGGCAGCAAAAUUAUGCGCGUUGGCAACAUACAAAACCAGUCAACCACGUCACUGUCAUGAUUGCGCUCGACACAAUGAACAAAGAUCGUGGGGCUCCCUGCCUUGUGCCUGGUAGUCACCGCUGGAGGGAGGGCGGUUUACUUCCACCCGUCUCAUACGACCCAACAAAAGAUGAAGCGCACCAACUGAACACAAUAUGGGAAAUCAUUAAUGAAGAAGAGGGUGAAAUGCUCAUGGACACACCACCCGUUACGGUGGAUCUUCGUCGUGGUGAAGCUCUUCUCAUUCACCCACUGACGCUCUUCGCAACGCAUGGUAAUCGCUCAUUGGAUGCUGUGCGUUGCUGCUUUAUUCAUUACAUGGGUGAGAAAACAUACGCGGUCCAAAAUGGGCCGCUUCUUCCACAUACGACUAAAUUCCAGGCGGAUGCCAUGAUUCAGGGCCCAUUUUAUCCAGUUGUGUUUGAUCCGGCAAUGACUGAGGAAUUAACCAUGCUUCCCACAGCGCCAUCCGAAGAGGAGGCGUAA